CGAUAUUAUUUUGAUUUACGUAGUGCCAACAAAUGAAGACCGAAAGCGCCACAUUGUUCGAUGUUGGCUUAUGUUUAAUGUAUUGCUUUUCAACAGGUAUGUAUAUGUGUAGGUUAUUGGCAAUUGAGUACAUGCUACAUAUUUAAUUAUUUGACGGCAGUGCUGUGACUCGUUAUUAUAUAGAAAUAUUGACAGUGUGUAACCAGAAAAAAGUUUAUAUUGCAAAAGAUGGUUGCAAUAAAAGGUCGCAAAAAUUCAAAUAAAAAUCCUCCUAUAUUCAGUCAUGAAUUCAUUAUUCAAAAUCAUGGAGAUAUUGUUUCUUGCGUGGCUAUGAUUUUCGUAACGGGUCUAAUGAUACAGGCAACAUCACCAUGGGCAUAUACAUUUAUUGCUAUUCAUCACAAUAUAACUUCAGAUGUUGAAGAUCCAACUAUGCCAAUGAAAUAUACUACUGGUUGGAAAGAUGCAUGUGCUGUCUUUUUUUCCUUUUUAAUAACCAUUGUAAUGCAUGCUGUAUUUCAAGAUUAUAUCUUUGAUAAAGUUUCAAAGCGUUUACAUCUUAGCAAAGUAAAACUUGCUAAAUUUAAUGAAUCCAGUCAACUUGUCUUAUUUUAUAUAUUAUCUGUUAUAUGGGGUAUAGACAUAAUUAUCAGAGAAAACUUGUUAUUAAAUAUUAUUUCAUUAUGGAAGGAAUAUCCAAUACCAUUAUCUUUUUCCUCAAAAUUGUUCUUUAUUGGACAACUUGCUUAUUGGUUGCACUGUUAUCCUGAAUUAUACUUUCAAAGAGUGAAGAAGGAAGAUAUACCACCUCGAAUUGUACAAGCAACUAUUGGAUUCCUUUCCAUUCUUGCAGCUUAUAUCUUUAAUUUCCAGCAAGUAGGUAUCUUACUAUUAGUUCCACAUUAUAUAGGAGAUGCUAUGCUUCACGGAGCUAGGCUUAUUCAUUUUGUGGGCAAAAAAGAAAAGAUAACAAAAAUGGCAUUUCUUGUUGCAAAUUCAACAUACAUUUUUGUACGCGUCGCAACACUAACUAUUGCAAUGUUAGUGUUUCUUUAUGGUUUAGGUCAAAUGGAAAGUGUAUUUGAUUAUGCUGUUGGAAAUUUUAAUAUUCCCAUUAUACGAUUCACAGCUUUAAGCUAUAUUGUUAUUUUCCAAAUUUAUUUAUCUUAUAUAUUUAUUUCGAAACAACUUAAGCGCGCUCGAGAAAAUGUAGUUCCUGUACAAACAACAGUGAAAUCAAAACAAAAAUCAAAGAAAAAAGAAGGAAAAAAAUCUAUGAUGUCUGAAGAUGAUGAUUUACCAGAAGUUGAUCAAGCAACUAAAAAAAAUCUUAGAUCUCGUUCAUCUGCAAAAGUAAAAUAAAUAUUCAAUAAAGUAAGAGAUUUAUUUAAGGCUGAUUACAAGUACCUAUUUCAUUUAUCUAUGUAUUAUAAAUAGGAUUUCUGAUAUGAAUAUUUAUGAAAAUUGUUAUUAUUUUAAUAUUA